AUGAGAGUUUAUCUCAUUCGGCAUGGGGAGACAGUCCACAAUGUCGCACAAGCUUGGGCCGGGACGACCGACUCGGCCUUAACAAACCACGGCAUGCUACAAAUAGAAUCUCUCGCUCAAACAUUUGCAAGCAAAUCUAUACAUUUUGAUUCGGUGUUUGCAUCCGAUCUAAGUCGAGCACGCAUCACGGCAGAGGGCAUCUGUCGCCCGCAACCUCCUAAGAAAGAUGGCGGGCUAGUGACUCCCAUUUUGACUUCAGAUCUUCGAGAGCGGGAUUUUGGUUCAUUGGAGGGUGUACACUGGCAGUCACCGUCUACCAAUGCGAGCGCCUCGCCUGGUCGUUUGAGUAGUAUCACAUCUGCUGAAGUCAUCGAGAAAGAAACCACAGUCUCGAUGCGACAACGUUCUCUCUCGUUUCUUCAUAGCCAUUUCUUGCCGCUUCUAUUCGAUGAUCCAUCCGCCAAACGUAAAGUUGCCAUUGUUGCGCAUGGAAUCAUCCUUCGCGUACUAUGGAACUGUCUCGUGGAACUCUUUGACCCCAUCAGUAUAUCUCUGAUGCCGGGUAUCGCCGCGCGGGAGGGCGGACCGGCUGCUCUACUCUCUCCAAGUUGGUCAAAUACAGGAUUCAUGGAAUUAUCGAUUCGCAUGAAGCAGUCACCGUCGUCAUCACCGCUACAGCGACAUCUCACCUCUCAUGAAGUGCGAGUAGCACCUGGCGCGAUUACAGACACUGAAGGACCACCAUCUGGCAGUCUUGCAGGAGAUAUUCUUCUGCAGGGAUGGUCUAUGAAAAUAAUCGCUGUUGAUAAUAAGGAACAUCUCGUGGGCCUGCGCCGUACCCGUGGUGGCAUAGGGAGCGCCUCAUAUGACAAUCGACAGAAGAGGAUUGACCAGUUCUUUAAAUAG